AUGGCAAAAAAGUCCAAGGGUAAGGGUUUAAGGACUCCCUUACAAAAGCACCAAAAUGCAGCGAAAUUGAGAAAUAUGGAGAAGCAGAAAGAUAAAAAAACUCAAAAGAAUCAAGCUGUUAAAAGAAAUCAGGAGUCUCAGAAAAAUCAUAGUACCCCGUUCAUUCCGUUUGGUCCUAAUGAGACCCUUCUACUCGUGGGAGAAGGUGAUUUUUCAUUUGCCAGAUCGAUAAUUGAACAGAAUUAUAUUAUGCCUGAAAAUCUGGUUGUUACCAGCUAUGAUGAUAGUAUGGAGGACCUGAAUGCCAAGUAUCCUCAUUCAUUUGAUGAAAAUUAUAAAUAUCUUGCAUCUGAAGGCGUACGCAUGUUCUUCGGUGUCGAUGGAACUGAUCUGAUAAAGAGUUUCAAAUUAUCCAAAAAGACAACAUGGACCAAAAUUCUGGGUGGAUCAUGGAAUGGCAAGUAUCUGGAUAACGUAAUGUUUAAUUUCCCUCAUACUGGUAAAGGUGUUAAGGAUCAGGAAAGAAAUGUAAGAGAUCAUCAGAAUUUGGUACUGGGUUUUUUCAAAAGUUGUAAAGAACUAUUCCAAGCAAUUAAUUCUAAAUGGUUAAAGAGCCGACUACAAUACGGUGAUACGGAAUCCUUGCAACUGAGUGAAGAAGGUUGGGGUAAAAUUAUUCUGACUUUAUUUGCUGGUGAGCCUUACGAUUCAUGGAGAAUUAAGGUACUCGCAAAAGAGAACCAGUUUCAAUUGCAAAGAUCAAAUAGAUUCCAAUGGGAAAUAUUUCCAGGCUAUCACCACAAAAGAACUAAUAGCGAACAAGACACUACGAAGCCUGCUGAAGAAAGAGAAUCAAGGAUCUACGUUUUUGAAAAACAAGGUAUUGUCAAGAAACCAAGUAAACGUUCCCGUGAUAGUGAUGAUGAUGAUGACUAA